AUGGAGUCUGGUCCGGUGAUCCUGCUGGUAGCAGCCGUGCUGAUAGCCACGUGUGUCUUCAUCCUAAGUCCCAUCACAUGCCUGGCCAUUUUAAAAACUCCAAGUCUGAGACACAACCACUCCAACCUCUUCCUGCUCAACCUGGGGUUGGUCGACAUGCUGCUCAUGGUGCUGGUCAUAGCCUUCAACGUGUUUGCACUGUUGGACGUGAGAGAUAAUCAGACUGCUUGCGUCAUUUCCAUUGUGGCAUUUGGUACCAUGGUGAUGGCGUCUCUACUGUCCAGCUUCGCCAUCGCCGUGGACAGAUUUCUGUUUAUUCACAAAGCUAUCACUUACAACAUCAUUGUCACGCAAGGGAGAGUACUCAAGACAGUUGCAGUAAUAUGGAUCGUCUCCCUUGUAAACGGAUUAAUUCCUCUCUUAGGAGAUCUGACUAAGACGGAUGCCUGUAUACACCCAGCAACUAAAGCCCUGUGCUUGCAGGGUAUUUUAAUUGUCUCCCUGUUUCUAACGACAGGAGUUAUCUCCGUUUGUCUGUACGGAAAAUUAUUUUUUAUAAUUAGACAACACAAUCACGUGCUGGAGACUCACGCGCGGGCCCACUGUCGCACGCACGACUGCAAGAAACAAGCCUGCCGGAUCAAAUCUCGUCUGGGAGAGUGUCAUUUCCAGCAGGUGUCGUUGCCGUCGUCGCUAAGUUACACGCGGAGUGAAACGUUUGAUACAGAAGAUUCUAGAACAAGUCUGAUGGCAAAGUGUGAAACGAGACCUGCACCCCUCACGACACUGAAUGGAAUAGACCAGAGCGUUAAAUUUUCAUUGAGUUUGGACUCUCCUGACCAGACAAAGGUCACGAAAGAUGAGCGGGAAGACUGUACGUCUGCUGCUAAAGCUACCUUGUGGAGUUGGAUCAAAGUCCAGUCCUGCGGCCUCUACAGACGACGAUUAAAACGAGACAACGCCUCCAUAUCGAGAGAGUCAACAUUUGUCAGUUUCCACGUCCCCUCGCCAGAGGACAGGGCAAAUGUAGACCAGGAUGACAACAUAGACAGGGCCAAUGUAGACCAUCAUGACAACAUAGACAGGUCGACUCUAGACCAGGAUGACAACAUAGACAGGACGACUCUAGACCAGGGAUGA